AAUACACUGAGCUCUCUCGACUACUUCCUGCUAGACGUAAAAAAACAUUUCAGAUCUGUUCAACACGACAGUUUAGAGGAAGCAGAAAGAUCUACAAGUAUUAUUUGAGUUCUUCAUGUGCCGAUCAAGUGGGCUUUUGUCAGGAUGCCGGAAAGAGUCACCAAGCUUGAUCCUGGAGGGCUGGUGUCCUACAGAGUUAGCUCCAGCUUUGUUCAACACACCUGCCUGGAAUAUUCAAGUAUACCUAGUAGAUCUUGAUUAGCUGCUUCAGACCUUUUUCUUCUUGUCCUGUAACUGUGAAUCAGUGACGAAGACAAUGGCGUCUGUUAAAGAUCUGCUCAAGACUUCACUGAUGGACCUGGAAAAGGCUGAUCUGGAGCUGUUUCAGUGGCACUUAGUGAAUGAUCAUGCAUGCAUAUUGAAGUCUGAAAUGGAGGGUGCAAAUAGCUUAAAAACAGUGGAUAAGCUGGUGGCGUGUUUUAAACCAGAAGGAGCUGUGAAGGUCACAGUUGGCAUCCUGAAGAAGAUGCACCAGAAUCAUCUGGCUGAAGAGUUGGAGAAGAAACACAAGCCAGCAGAUUUAAUUCUGAAAAAAAUUCUUGGAAUCUCACAAAUUCAAAAUGAAGAAGAAAGCAGGAUGUAUUUUUGAGGACAAGAAAGAAAAUAAAGUACAUUUCCAGGCUGUUUACACAAAGCUCUUCAUCACUAAGGGAGAUAUGAAAGAUGUUAAUCAGGAACAUGAGAUUCUGAAGAUUGAUGAUGCUUUUAUGAAGGCAAAAACACAGGACAAAUGCGAUGUAAUCAAAUGCAAUGAUAUAUUUACAUUAUUAAGGGAAAAUGAUGAGGAAAAGAUUGUGUUGACUAAGGGAGUGGCUGGCAUUGGAAAAACAGUCUCUGUGCACAAGUUUAUCCUGGACUGGGCUGAAGGAGAAGCCAAUCAGGACAUACACGGUGUGUUCCUGCUUCCAUUCAGAGAGAUGAACUUAAUGAAAAAUGAAGAGUUCAGUCUCCAUGAGCUUCUGCUGGAAUUUUAUCCUAAAAUGAAGGAUAUGGAGAAAACAAAGUUAUAUGAGAAAUCCAGGCUAGUAUUUAUAUUUGAUGGACUUGAUGAGAGUCGCCUGCCUUUGAAUUUUAAUAGUAGGUCUCUGAACACUGUUGAGAAAAGAUCAUCUGUAGAUGUGCUGUUCACAAGUCUGGUCAGAGGGACCUUGCUUCCAUCAGCUUUGGUCUGGGUGACCUCAAGACCGGCAGCAGCCAAUCAGAUUCCUAAAAAAUAUGUAGGUUUGUUCACAGAAGUGCGAGGAUUCAAUGACGAACAGAAGAAGGAGUAUUUCAGAAAGAGAUUCCCAAAAGAGAUUGAAAUUGCUGACAGAAUCAUCUCACACAUUAAGACAUCUCGUAGUCUCUACAUCAUGUGCCAUAUUCCUGUGUUCUGCUGGAUCACAGCCACAGUACUUCAGGAUAUUCUCAUUGAAACCAAUGCAGAGAACAUCAGCACAACACUCACUGAAAUGUACAUCCACUUUCUGCUGAUACAGAUGAAAAUGAAGAACCAAAAGUACGAUGGAAAAGAAGAAAGAGAUUUUACGAAGAACUUAGAAUCAAACAGACCAAUGAUUUUAAAGUUAGCCAAGCUAGCAUUUGAACAGCUGAAGCAGGAAAACGUUGUGUUCUAUGAGAAAGAUCUAAAAGCAUGUGGUAUUGAUAGUAAAGACACUGAGUUCACAGGAAUGAUCGCUGAGAUCUUUAAGAAGGAACAUGGGCUUCAUGAGACAAAGGUCUUUUGCUUUGUGCAUCUGAGUGUUCAAGAGUUUCUCGCUGCAGUGCAUGUGUUCCUUUGUUACCUGAACAAGAACAUGCAGGAGCUUCAGUUUUUCUUUGAUAGACCAAAAGAAAAUAUCACAUUGCAGCAGCGCCAGUUUUUAAUCAGUGAGCCAGAAGAAAAUAUUACAUUGCCAAAGCUACUGGAGAAGGCUGUUGAUAAAGCCAUGGAGAGUCAGAAAGACAUCUGGACCUGUUCCUGCGGUUUCUGAUGGGCAUUACACUGAAAUCCAGCCAAGACCUGCUCACUGGUCUGAUCUCACACACUGAAGACACCACAGAGCGCAUCAGACAAACAACUGAACACAUUAAACAAGUGCAAGAUAAGAAUAUCCCAGAUGAAGUUUCAGUCAAUCUAUUCUACUGCUUACUUGAGCUCAAGGAUCGUUCAUUAGAUGAGAAAAUGCAGAGAUACCUCAAUUCAGAUGAACAUCCAGGAAGAGACCUCUCAUCUUCAAUGUGUUCAGUGCUGACCUACAUACUGCUGAUGUCAGAGAAGAUUCUGGAUGAGUUCAACCCAAAGAGAUUCACAUCAUCCCAAGAAAACUACAAGAGACUUAUUCCAGCUAUGAGAUGCUGCAGAAAAGCCCUAUUUGACAGCUGUGGUUUUGAUGAAAGAUGCUGUGAAACUGUGUCAUCAGCUCUCCAAUCAUCAGACUGCCAUCUGACAGACUUGGACCUGAGUAGCAAUCACCUGUAAGAUUCAGGAGUGAAGCUGCUUUGUGAUGGACUGAAGAGUUCAUACUGUCGACUGAACAUACUGAGGCUAUUUGGCUGUAAUCUCACUGCUCAGUCCUGUGAAAGUUUAUCUUCAGCUCUACAAUCCUCAAACUGCCGUCUGAGAGAGAUGGACCUGAGUAACAAUGACCUGCAAGACUCAGGAGUGAAGCUGCUUUCUGAUGGACUGAAGAGUCCAAACUGUCAGCUGCAGAUACUGAGAUUUCCCUUAUGUAAUCUCACUGCUCAGUCUUGUGAGAGUUUAUCAUCAGUUUUACAAUCCUUAAACUCCUGUCUGAGAGAGCUGGACCUGAGUAACAAUGACCUGCAAGAUUUAGGUGUGAAGCUUCUUUCCCAUGGACUGACGAUAAACUGUAACCUGAAAAUACUGAGGUUAUCUGGCUGUAUGGUGACAAGUGAAGGCUGUGAUUAUUUGUUGAGUUCAAACCCCUCACACCUGAGAGAGCUGGAUCUGAGCUACAAUAACCCAGGAGAAUCAGGAGUCAAGCUGCUCUCUGAAAAACUCAAGAAUCUGGACAAACUCAACAUGGAUCAUGGAGAAGAAUACCGAAUUACAGCAGGACUGAAGAAAUAUUCCCGUCAGUUCACUCUGGAUCUGAACACAGUAUAUAAACAGCUCCAUCUGUCUGAAAACAACAGAGUGAUUACUUGCACGAAUAACACAAAUUAUCCGUAUCCUGAUCAUCCAGACAGAUUUGAGCGUCGUGAGGCGAUGUGUAGAGAGAGUGUGAGUGGACGCUGUUACUGGGAGCUGGAGUGGAGAGGAGAUGUGUAUAUUUCAGUGUCAUAUAAGAGCAUCAGCAGGAAGGGACAGGGUUAUGAGUCUGGGCUUGGAGAUAGUGAUCAGUCCUGGUGUUUGUUCUGCACUCCCUUCAGUUACUCAUUCAUACACAAUAACACACAGACUGAUCUCCCUGCAAAGCCUAUCAGUUGUAGAAGAGGAGUGUUUAAUGCUGAUGCUGAGAAUGUUUAUCUCAGGGUUGUAGGAAGAGAUUAUGAUAAUAUCUAUAGAAUAGGAGUGUUUGUGGAUCACAGAGCAGGAACUCUGUCCUUCUACUGCGUCUCUGACACAGUGAGCCUCAUCCACGCGGUCCAGACCACAUUCACUCAGCCGCUCUAUCCUGAGAUUGGGUUUUACAGCCCUGGAUCAUCAGUCAAACUGUGUUGAUGAAUCAGAAUAGAUUAACAAGAGAUUCUACUCUUAAUUCUUUGAGGUGGAAUAUGAAUCAGUAAGAGUUACAAAUGUUACUGAGUCCCUUCAUGACACUAAUGUGAACAUCAGAAUAAAUGUGUCAUAAAUCCUUAUCUAGACAUUCUGUGAUAUCUGUAAUGUCUUAUUCAUGUGAGUUUGCUGUAUUGUUUGGAGUAAAACAACAUCAGAUCAUCUUGAGAUCAUUUUGUAAUUGAUGAUGAAUAUCUGAGAUAUUUGAAUGCUGUAUGAAUUAUGAAUCAAAUCAAUUCCAUAUGAGACUGAAAGUUUUAUUUUCUGACAUUAUCAAAUAUAACAGGAUUUAAUCAAAUCUAUAUUUAUUGUAACCACAGUAAAGAUAUAUUACAUUAUUAUGAGCUCUCCUUCAGUGAAAGAAGCUGCCAGAAUAUUUACCUUCUGAAAUAUAUUUUUUCUUCUGAGUAGUAAAAUGUUUUAA